AUGUCCGUCAAAGCUUCCGGUACCGUCCUUCGGAAAGAGGCCGGUACCUUGCAUUUGACGCAAGAACGAGAAGGUAAAAAGGAACGAAGCACAAUGCACAUCUUGACCAGAAUGGAACACAGUCAGCAACGGUUCAGAUUUCAAGUGACAGAAUACACUGGCAUAUUCUACAGCUCUUUUCGAGUAACCUUGGGACCGCAGCGACAGGUGUUUGUACGAAUGUGA